AUGGCUACAACCACGGAACCAGUGACUUUGAACGUAAGUAACGAAACAGGGCCGGCUGAGCUGCCCGAGCACAUCGAAACGCUGAUGAUCAUCGACCAGUAUCUGAACUAUGCAGUAGUACUGAUUGUGAUGUUUGGGAUGGGGGGAGCGACAGAUCUUAAAGAAAUCAAGAGGAGUUUCCAGAGACCAUGGGGUAUUUUCAUUUGCUGGGCUUCACAGUUUAUCAUCAUGCCAGCGGUUGCGUUUGGUGUUGCCCAUGCAGCUGACUUCCCGCCGGUUUACGCUGUCGCUCUCGUGAUCCAAUGCAGCGCUCCUGGUGGGAGUAUGUCCAAUGUAAUGGCUUAUUAUGCUAACGGCAACAUAUCUUUGAGGUCACUCGAUUUGGCCUUGCGAUUUGUCGUUUCCGUGCUGAAGCCGCCUGUGACAUUGUCCGGUGAAACGAACGUCUUUCCGGAAAAUUUAAUAAACAAUUGA